AUGAGCAGACAACUCUCACCACAAUCACAUUAUAGGCACGUUAGAAACGAAUCUACUGAUUCAAUUGAAUCUUCAGCAUUUCCCGUAGAUAGCGAGGACAGUGACAACGGAAGAGGUAGUAAUAAAAGGUCAUCAUUUAAAUCAGUAAACGCCCGAAAGACCGAUUAUAAAAUAAAUCAUAAACGAAAUAGGGUUAACAGUAUCGUUCCUGAGUAUUAUUACGCAGACGAUAACGGUAUUCCAAUUAAUCAAAAAUCAUUUCUUGAAAUGAACAAUUCGCCAAAAAGUAACAAAUGGUUUCCUAAAAUUCAAUUUUGGAAAAAGAAAGAAAACAAACCGCUUCCAUCUCCAGCCACAACAAAAAAUAAUAAAAAAGAGAGAAGAGGAUGUUGUACAACAAUUCUGUUGAUUAUAUUUAUUUUGUUGUUUUUAGUAAUGCUAGGAAAUCUUCUAGCAUUAGAUAUUUUACUUUCGAGGUUACAGCAAAUUAUAAAUAAUAUGCAAAAUCCACUUUCAGGAACAAAUAAUACAACACCAUCACAAUUAGAUCUGAGAAUCGAAACAAUCGUAUGUUUGACUUUGUUUAGCGCGACGGGGAGUACACAACCAAAACAAUACCCAUGCGAUUUUUGUUCGAGAGACCCGAAUGCGUUUUAUAACGUUACAACAUUUUGUGUGCUGAAAGGAAUCUGGGCUAAUACAGUGAACCAAACAGCUCUAGAGACCGAUCUGAAGUGGAUGUUAGAUAAUAAUUUUUGUCAAUGGAUUGGAGUAAAAUGUGAUUCUUCUAAUAACAUUAUUUCAUUAGAGCUUCAAGCACCAAACAUUCCAAAUACAUUAUCGAAUGAUUUAGGAAAACUAACAACGCUACAGAACCUAACAAUUACUGGAAGCACAACUUUACCAAACGGAGCGAUUCCUACAAGUUUGUUCCAAUUGCCGAAUAUGAACAUGUUGAAAAUUUCAUCAACUUCUCUUUCAGGGUCUAUACCUGACACAUUCAAUAAAAUGCCUGCUCUAAAAACAUUAUCAUUACAAAAUAAUCCGCAACUUGGUAAAACUAUACCACCAUCCAUUGGAUCACUUUCUCUCAAUAAUAUAAUAAUUAGUGGACAGGGAAUCUCAGGAUUUGUUCCGGAUUUUAUUGGAAAUAGUAAUACUCUGCAAAAAUCACUACAAACUUUAGAUUUGAAUUCUAACGCGUUAACUGGAACGAUACCGACGUCUUUAAUGCAGCUCUCUGUCUUAAAAACAUUGAUACUGGGAAUCAAUCAAUUAUCGGGAUCUAUUCCUACAACAAUUGGCUCUGCCAAAUUUCAAAAAACCAUAGAUCAAUUGGACUUUGGUAAUAAUUCGUUAACAGGAACCAUUCCUGAUUCACUAUCGCAACUGACAAAUUUAGAAUUUUUGUAUUUGGGCAGGAAUCAGCUUAGUGGGCAGAUUCCUACAUCAUUGGCAUCAUUAACGAAUUUGAAAGAAUUAUUACUGAAUAAUAACAAAUUGAGUGGAAGUAUUCCCGAUUCUCUUGGAGGUCUUUCUUUAAAAACAUUGUAG